UAAAACCAAUAUUAACAUAAGAAAAGCAUUAAGGGAUGGGGAUAGAGGUGCUCUAAAUAUGGACACAGUGCUCCCAUUGACACAUCUGCACGACCAUCUUGAUUUCAUGUUUUGGUCUCACAAGGAAGGUAUGGUGAAGGAAAAUGAGUAUUAUGACAUCUUAUGCGUCAAAGCUGAUGCUUCAGAUGCUGACAUUAAAAAGGCUUACUACCUAAAAGCAAGAAAAGUUCAUCCAGACAAAAACCCUGGAGAUCCUCAAGCUGCUAAAAACUUUCAGGUAUUAGGCGAGGCUUAUCAGGUUUUGAGCAAUCCGGAAAAGCGAGCAGCUUAUGACAAAUAUGGCAAAGAAGGUGUCCAACAGGAUGCAAUGGUAGAUCCUGCAGCUGUAUUUGGUAUGCUUUUCGGAAGCGAAGUCUUUGAAGAAUAUGUUGGGCAGCUUGCACUUGCUUAUUUGGCAUCAAUCGAAGCUGACUUAGAAUCAUAUGAGCCUGAUAUCAGAAAACAAAUUCUUCAAGACAAGAUCAAAGCUCUGCAGAAGGAGAGGGAAGACAAGCUCGCUGCAACGUUGAAAAACAAACUCGAGCCGUUUGUGGAAGGACGAACUGAUGAAUUUAUCGAAUGGGCAAACGAAGAGGCAAAGCGUCUUUCUUCUGCCGGUUUUGGGGAGGCAAUGAUGCAUACAAUAGGCUACAUUUACACAAGAAAAGCGGCUAAAGAAAUGGGGAAAGACAAACGAUAUAUGAAAGUGCCCUUCUUAGCGGAAUGGGUGCGAGACAAAAGCCACCAUAUGAAAUCUCAAGUCAUGGCUGCUUCUGGUACUGUUUCGUUGCUUCAGUUGCAGGGUGAAGUGAACAAGUUGAAUGAACACCAAGGUGAUAACAGAGAGGAGCAUAUUCAGAAAGCCAUUGAAGCUAAAAUGGAUGCUUUGCUUCAGUCUCUUUGGCAAAUCAAUGUUCUCGACAUCGAAUCCACUCUGUCUCAUGUCUGCCAAUCUGUGCUUAAAGACCCAAGUGUUUCGAAGGAUGUUCUUCGAGGUCGAGCCACGGGACUGAGGAAACUUGGGACGAUCUUCCAGGUGGGCAAAAACAAAAGGGGUGAUAAGAAGCCAUACACCAGAGGAAGCAACUUGCGUAACGAAUCCGACAUGAAACAAGACACCGGAGGUUCUUCAAAGGCAAUGUCUUGAAAACUCCAAUCACCUUCGCCAGAAAAACCGAGAGAACCCGGAAUUGGAUAUUGCUGUUUCUUUUUUCUUUUUACUUUCGCCAGCUUUAUAGAGAUUGUUAUUGGAGUAAAAGAUGAUUAAUCGGAGAGUAUUAUUAGAAGAGGAAAUUCUCUUGAAAGUUUAAAUGGUAUUUUGUUUCGG